AUGUUUGGAUUUCUCAGCUAUUUCUUCAUCUUCUCUCUCAUGCUUUCUGUUCCCUGUUUUCCCGCCAGAACUCUCCCUUACCCGUCAACUGAAUUAACCGACCGAACCAACAACAACACGUGGCGCGACUUUAUCAAGUUCCUCGACGCCGGGAGGGGAAGCCACGUCAGCGGCAUGUCGGAGCUGAAAAAGUACUUCCAGCGGUUCGGGUACCUCGAGCAAGUACCCGAAUCGAACCUAACCGACGCCUUCGACGACCGCUUCGAAUCCUCCGUCGUAGAUUACCAGAAGACCCUCGGCCUCCCCGUCACUGGAAAACUCGACUCCGACACCGUUUCCCAAAUCAUGGCCCCGCGCUGCGGCGUCGCCGACCGUGCCGUUCGCGUGACGGGGCGCUACGCGUACUUCUACGGCGAGCCGAGGUGGGCCCGUUCGUCUCCGAUGACGUUAACUUACGCGUUAUCGCCCGAGUAUUCCAUCGACUACAUAGCUCAAUCGGACAUAGAAUCGGCGUUCGACAUGGCGUUCUCGCGGUGGUCGGCGGUGAUACCGGUGAAUUUAACGGCGGCGGAGGAUUACUGGGCGGCGGACAUAAAGAUCGGGUUCUUCAGUAGGGACCAUGGUGACGGGGAGCCGUUCGACGGGGUGUUGGGGGUGUUGGCCCAUGCUUUUUCGCCCGAGAACGGGAGGUUUCAUCUGGACGCGGCGGAGACGUGGGCCGUUGAUUUCGCGUCGGAGAAGUCGAGGGUGGCCGUCGAUUUGGAAUCGGUGGCGACCCACGAGAUUGGCCAUGUGCUCGGGCUGGCUCACACUCCGGUGAAAGAAGCGGUCAUGUAUCCAAGCCUGAAACCGAGGACGAAGAAGGUGGACCUUAAGAUUGACGACGUGAAAGGAGUACAGGCCUUGUAUGGGUCUAAUCCCAAUUUCAAGUUCAGCUCUUUGUUGCAGUCUGAUACUUCGUCUUCGUGUUCGGCCGUUGGAUUCAGAACAAGAUCAUCUUUGUGGGCGAGGACUGCUUGGGUCAUGAUUGUUUUGACGUUUGUUUGGUGGUGGUGAUCAUUUUUCUCCGUCGUGAGAACCUUAGCAGAACGGGGCCGAAGUUUUGCAGUUGGUGAAACAUUUGGUGCAAUUGAUGGAAUGAGGUGAGAAAGCUAAACUUUUAGGCCCAGUUCGAUCGGAACUUGUGGAAAGUGAGGGAAAGGAAAGAAACAAAGGAUAAUGAAGAAGGGAACUGUCUGUGAGGAAAAUACUUUGGCAACUGAUGUAAAUCACACACACUAUUUUUCGUAACCUGGGUUAUACUUUGUACAUCAAACACACUAUUUGGCAACUGAUGCAAGGGGUUCAGGCUAAUUCUCAGUUAUCCAAUCUCACUACUCCUGCCUUUACCUUUGUCUG